AUGGAGGAGCGGCUGCAUGCUGCCCGCCAGCAGCUGGAGGCGCUUACUGCGCGGGUGCGGGCUGAGCGUGAUGCGCAGCGGGGCGAGAGUGUGACAGAGCAUCCUCUGUCGCGCGGACUACACAUGACCGACCUUGGUGGGCCUGCAAGGCUACGAGCCGACGAGCCUCAGGUGGCGCCGUCCCGCUUGGCGGCGACUGCGCCACUCCCGCUCUACGCACACCGACCGACAGGCGGCGGUAGCGCUGCCCUCCGCGAGGUUCCGCUGGCUCUGUCGUCGACGGAGCGGACCUCACGGUCGACGUGGAUGCCCCUGGCUCGGCAGCCGCCGUCGCGGCUGGCCACCUCAGACGCAGUCCUCGUCGGUUCGGGCCGCGACAUGGCCGCCGAGCAGUAUAAGGAGAUGUAUUUGCGGAUGCGUGACCGUGAGGCAGCAGCCGCGCAGACGCUCGACGCCGAGCGCGCAGCGCACGAGGCAGCCCGGAUCCAGUGGAUUGCCUCGGUCCAGGAGCGCGAUCAGACACUCUCGGCGCUGCAGGUACGCCUCGAAGCUGCCGGCGCCCUCGAAAGAGUCAACUCGGUCCUCAAGUCGGAGCACGAGACGCUUCUCUCCGAGGUGGCGGCUCUCAAGCACCGCAUACAUGCCUGCGAGGGUCAAAAGGCAUCGCUCGAGGCUGCGCUCGAGAAGCAGCAUCGCACCGUCAUGGAGCUAGAGGCUGCCCUGGCUAGAAACGAGGCUGAUGCCCGCCUCCGUGUCAACGCCGAGGCACAGCGCGCGGGCAAGCUGGAAGAGCUCCUGGCUGCAGCACGCGCCAUCAUGAACGAGCAGGAGCGGACGCUCGAGGUGCUGCGUGGCGAGGCCGAGGCCGCGCGGGAAGCCGCAUCCGCCGCGCGUGUCCAAGCCAAGACUCUGCCGCGCGACAUCUCCUCGUCGCCAUCGCCAUCGCCAUCGCCAUUGUCGUCGGCGAACAAGGCCAAGGUCGAUGAGGCAUCGGCACUGGCACUGGCUACGCUGGAGCGGCAGUGCCAGUUGAUGGGCGACGAGCUCCAUGACAUUGGCGCACUGGCGUCGCGGCUCGAGGCCGAGCGCGAUGCACUGAAGGACAAGGUCGACAGCAUGGCGGCCGAUGUUCGGGCCACUAGAGGUGCUGCGCUUGACUUGCAGAAGGAAAAUGCGAGCCUAAGGAACCAGUUGCUUCACAAGCCCGAUCCGGCCAAGCUUCAGUCAGAGCUGGUGUCGGUCCGGGCCGCGCUCGACCGCGAAGCUGCUCGCGCUGCCGACCUCGAGCGGUCCGCCGCCAAGGCGUCGGAGCAAACCUCACUCCUCUCCGAGAACGAGUCCCUCGCCGUCAAGCUCAUCGAGGCUGAGGCCGCCCUGGCUGCCAACUCGCGGGAGUUGUCUGCUGCCCGCAAGCCACCGCCGCUGCCGACGCGCUUGUGUGAGGCGCUCGAGCGUCUUGCGGCUGCCGAGGCCGACGCUACAGCCCUGCGUGAGGAUGUCGUCAAGCUCCAGGCGCAGUUGGCAGCUGCCGAGGAACAGGCGACAACUGCGCGUGAAGAUGCCAGCGCGCUCCGAGCUCAGCUGGCGGCUGGCGAAGUCCAGCUGCAAGCCGCAGCCAAUGGCGUCAACGUCGAAUUGCCCGCUGCACAGGUCUCAGAGGCCGACCGCAAGCAGAUCGACUCCCUCAAGGCCGACCUAGCUGCCGCCGAGGCCGCAGCAGCGACAGCGCGUGAGCAGGUCGAGGAGCUCCAGACAGAGCUGGCAUCGGCGUUGCAGGCUGCCGGAAACAACAGCAAGGAGCAGGAGUCCGUUGAAGCCGAGCUGGCGGCGAAAGUGGCCGAGUUGGAGAAGCAGCUGGAUGCGGCACAGGAUGAGGUGGCUCGCGCGGUGCAUGAGGCUGUCAAUGUUCAGGAGACGCUGAACGAGGUACAGGCCGAAGCCGAGGCCGAGCGCAAGUCUGCGGCGUCGCUGGUGGCUGCCCUCGAGGAAGAGCGUGACUCGGCCAAGUCAUUGGUGGCCUCGCUUGAGGCCGAGCUGUUCUCUGCAGGAAAGGAGGGUGCCGAGCAGGUGCGCGAUCUGGGGCGCCGAGUCAACGAGCUCGAGUUUGCCCUCUCAGUCGCGGAGUCACGAUCGGCUGAAGCCGAGGCGUCGCGUAAGCGAGCCGAGGCUCACAUUGCCGAGCUCGAGGCCGAAGCAUCAGCCCUCGAACGAAGCGACGAUUCGGACUCGGACGGGACGGCGCUCACGGCAGUGACCCACGACUCGGAAUCGUCUUCGAGCAGAGACGUUGGCACGGCGCAGCGCAACGAUCUCCCGACCAAAGCGCAGUCAUCGGCCCGAGACCGCUACUCUACGCUCCGCGACUCGAAGCAGUGGACGUACGAGACCAUGGACUCGGUCUCGACGCUCUCGUCGUAUCCGAUGUCACACAACGUGGUUGCCGAGCUCAACAACGAGAAUGAGCGGCUCCGCGACGAGCUGGCGGUGCUGGAGGACAAGUACGCGCACAUCACGGAGAAAGCGGUGGCACUCGAGGAUAAGUUUAAGGCGAAGCUGCAGGAGGUCAUGCAAAUGAUGGCUAAUCAGGUGGCAUACGCACGUGAGCUGGAGACCGAGAUCGAAGAGAUUGAGAGCCACAACGCCGAGCUACAAAUUGCGCUUGACGAGGCCAAGCAAGCGCUCCUGGAAUCCAAUCUCAAGAUCAAGUCAUUGCAGGGCAACAUUCAUGCGCUCGGGGCACCGGCCGCCGAAGACGCCAAUGGCGGCGACGAUGGAGCAGGUCCGGCCGUUGUCAUCAAGGUUGACACACCCGGGCGGGACAAGGGCAAGGGCGACUCGGACUCGCCAGUGCCGACGCUCCAGCUGCCCAAGUCAGGAAGCCCACCGCCGGUCUCGCCGCGCCCGCGGCUAGCCGGCCAGAUGGCGCUUUCGACGCCACAGCACGCACAGCUUGUCUCCCGCAACAAGAAGGCGAGCCCAGGCAAUCGCAAGUCGCCUGGUGAGAAGUCUGUCUUUGAGCUCUUCUCCAGCGAGACAGCCAAGGAACCGUGCGUAGCCUGCGGCAAGCUGCUGCAGCCGCUCUCGUCACUUUUGUUUGGCGAGGAGUCGUUCCACGCUCAUUGCGCGCCGAUGUGCGCAGCGUGCCAGCAGCCGCUGGUUGGCGUCACCACGCCCGAGCAGCGCGAGGCCAAAGCGCAACAGAUCCAGGCAUCGAUCUCCGCCGACCGGCGGACGCUCACUGGGCUCGUCUCGCUUGAGGAGCUGUAUCUGGAGGGCUCGGUGGAACGUGCGGCCGUCGAGGAGCAAAUUGCGCUGCUGGAGGCCAAUGUGCGGGCGGCCACGCGCGACAUGCACGGGCUCUUCUUCUACGAGCCGCCAUGGGUCCGCAUCGAGACCGAGGACGGGUUCGGGCGUGUCCACUUUGAGUGCAUCCGCGACGCCAACGACGGCUCGCCGAUCUUGGCUGCCUUUCCGCAACUCGAGCUUUCCAUCCCAGCACAGGCGCAGGUGGCGCUCAACGAGGUGACCGACCUGACAGCAUCGCCGACGCUCAACUUGUCAUCGUCGGCUGCAGGCUUGCCUGAUGGCGAGCGCAGCCUCUCGGCGCGGAUCAAGGUCGAAGUGGUCAACGCCCGCGGCCUCCAUCAGCCCGGCCGUCACAAGCCCAACGUGUACUGUCAAGUCAAGCACGGACGGACGAAGCGGAAGACCAAGGUGGUGAAGCGGAGCCUAGCUCCGGUCUGGCGCGAGGCCUUUGUGCUCACGCUUGACACCGACGUGCCGUCGAUCGAGGUGUCGGUCAUGGGCAAGGAGAAGCUCCGCGACUCGUUCCUCGGACGGGUGGUCAUCAACAUUGCCAAGUUUUGCGACGGCGAGCGCCAUGAUGACGUCUUUAUUCUCCAGCGGCGGUCAUCGAAGAACAGGGUCUCCGGGGACAUCCGCCUUCGGCUGCAGGCCUUCCUCCAGCCGCCGCCCAUGUCGCAAGCCUCGUCGUCAGCCUCGCUCCCGAUCGGCAGUCCCUCUGGUGGUGGCUCACCCAAGACGGCGCAUUUUCCGCUCAGCCACUCGUAACCAGCACCCCACCCCACACUUUCUCCUCCACUGUGCUUCAGCUUGCAAUCGUCUUGCAGUCGACCUUGGCCUUUGAAAUCUGGAUAGCCGGCGUCACCCACGCCCCGCACGAGCAUUGGGUCCCGGACCAAAAGUACUUGCCGAGCUUGGCCUUGCACUUUGGGCAGCAGACAC